ACGUCAUCGUAUUUCUCUCGACGCAGCUGACGAUGUAAACAAGACAUUCGAGGGCAGCGGGGAUCAAACAGGCCGGUGUCUCCUCAGAUGCUCUGAAAUAACCGCAUACCGCUGCAAUGGGACUCCCCGUUACGAUUAAAGUCAAUUUCCGGGGGAACGUGAAGCGGUUUCUGGCUCAAGAUCUGGACAAACUGGAGUGGGAGUCCGUGGAAACCUGGAUUAAAGCUUCAUUUGGAAUAAGCCACUUUCAAGUAAAAUACUUUGAUGAAGAUAAUGAAGAGAUCUGUAUUAACAGUCAAGAUGAAUAUGAAGAAGCCAUCAAGAGUGCAGAGAAGCAGGGGAACCAGUUACACAUGAACGUGUACAAGAUGAAAGGGCAGGCCUGCGGGGGCCCGCUGAAGACGGAGGUGAAGGAGCUGAAAGGGGAGCUGCGGCCAGCGCCACCUUAUCCCUCAAGAGUCAAGACGGUGGACAAAGGCACUCAAGUCACUCCAGAGCGAGAAAAUGUAAUCGUGAAGGACAGCAAAGAGAGUAAACCGGAAGAUGAGCCCCCUCCUAUGUGGUUCCGGUCCUACAUGGAUAAGUUUAAGGAUGAAGUUGUUAGGGAAGUGGUGGAAAGGAUGUGCAGCGACUUCUCAGGACAGUGUUGCACCCACAAAUCAUCAGAUGUUCUUCAGGAAACCAGUGGGGAUGUCAUGGAACCUAGACCAGGCCCCUCCACCUCCAACGGAUCUCUUGGCUACACCCCAAACUGCAGCAGCUGCAACAAACCCACAUCUGAAGGAGCCUACAAAUGCAGAGUGUGCCCCUCCUGCAUCCUUUGUGAGAAGUGCAGACACGACCACGACCCCAGCCACAGUCUCAUGAGGACUAAGACGCCUCUCUCUAUCCCUGAGCAUGGACCGGCAGGAGAGUUGAGGUUCCCGAGGCGAGGAGACAGGACUGUGCGCAAAGCUGAGCGACAGCGCCUCAAAGCUGAAAGGAGGCAGCUGAGAGCAGAAGUGAAGGAAAUCAAGAAGAAACUGAGACUGGAGAAGCGGGGGCUGCAGUGGAGCGGACCCUCCACCUCGGCCAGAGCCAACCUGACAAACACGGCCUCGGCGUCCACACAGGUCCCCGCUUCGCCUCCUCCGGCUGCCUCAGAAACAGCCUCAGGUCCAGCCACAGUCCACGGCCCCAUCCCAGCCAUGGCCCCUGACCCCCAGGCCUCCAGUCCAGAGGGUCCCGGGGCCUCGCACACCUCCUUGGUGCCCACUAUGGCCGCCUUGUUUCUGGAUGAAAAUCUGCCUGACGGCACCCGUCUGGAGCCUGGUACCAAGUUCAUCAAAUACUGGAAGAUGAAGAACUCUGGCACUAUCAGCUGGACGCCAGAGACUAAGCUGGUGUUCAUGUGGGGGAACCUGGGCUUGGCGUCGGAGGACAGAAGGGAGGUGCCCGUGCCCCUUCUACUGCCUGGACAAGUGGGCGUGGUCAGUGUGGCCUUUGUGGCUCCGGUCAUGGAGGGGAUGUACACCUCCCACUGGCGGCUGGCACAUUGCGGCUGCCAGUUCGGCCCGCGGGUCUGGUGCAGCAUCGUGGUGGACACCGGAAGCAGCCGCAGUGCACUCUGGCAGCAAAGCAAACCGCCGGCAAGUCUGCUCUCCGGUGACAGCUGUGUCUUUAUCAAUAAGGAGGACGUGAAGACGGUGGGAAGCGAGGUAAGGUUCAAGGAUGGCGUCUUUGGCUUGCCUGUAGAUCUCCCCCAUGAAGACUUCUACUUCCCUUCAGUCGACCUGCUGACUGCACAGGAUCUGCUGUCAUUUGAACUACUGGACAUAAACAUUGUGCAGGAGUUGGAGAAAGUUCCCAACAACACUCCUGUAGAUCUUACACCCUGCAUAUCCCCUCUUCCCCAUGAUGCACUGCUGUUUGAGAAGUCCAUUACGUUGCAGAUGAAAGCAGAAGCAGAGGCCACAAGAGGCAGAAGACCUUCUGAAGACAUAAUGAAGCAGCAGGAGGUGUCAGAGUCCAUGACCCAGGAGGAGGAGAAGGAGGAGGAGAUCAGUGGAGCUCAGUUCCUGUGUGAGACGAUCAUCCGCUCCCUGACGUUAGAAGAAGCCCCUGACCACAGACCACUGCGCCGAGCACAGCAGGAAAGACACAGAAUGCAGGCUGUGUCCAAAAACUUCCAGAGUGUUGCCGAGACUGAAAAAGAGCUGGAAGAAAGCGAGAAGGUGGAGGUCUCACUUCUGCCUGUGAACACAGGCGUCCAUGACAUCACCCAGAAGAAGCAGGAGGCGGGACAAAUUCCUUUGCCAGAGACGCAGGCUGAAAACCUGCCAGUCAGCCCUCCUGGCGAUGGUGAGGACAAAGGUGCUUUCCAUGCUCAUCAAAGCAUGAGAGGAAGUCACGAAGAGGGCGGAGCCAGAGAGGACUGGGAUGAGGUGAGCAGCCAGACGUCUUCGGUCUCCUCCGGUGACGAUUACAUCAUUGUCCUCCCGGACUGCUUUGACACCAGCCGGCCUCUGGGGGAGUCCAUGUACAGCUCUGCUAUGUCUCAGCCGGACGCCAUCGCCGCGCCGACUGUAACCAGUACAGAGAAAGCGUGUGAGGGCUGCGACUUUGAGCCUUUCAGGGAGGCGGCGCAGGCGGCGAGGUCAGAGGACAUGGAGGAGUCCCCCGGCACCUCUCCCACCCACAGCAGUGUCAACCAAAUGUUGUGCGCAUCCCAAACUCUGGACACUGUGACACUCACGCCUGAAGUCGUGCCCCUGCCUGGCUCUCCCCAGGCCCUGCAGCCUCUUCCAGCCCUCUACUCGCCCAGAUCUGAGGCACUGUAUCUGGCUGAGGAUCCUGUUUCCCCAGCGUGCGAACCAUGUGACCAACCACAAGUCCACCUCAAGUUACCAUCCAGCUUGUCAAGAUCAUCGGGCUCAGCAUCCAGUGCCUUUGAGACGUACAACCCCAGGCUGAGCAACGCUCUGCAGCCAAGGGGCCAAGGAGGCAUCACAGAGGGGUUCGUCAAGGGGGCCCUUUCUGUAGCCGCAUCUGCUUAUAAAGCUCUCUUCACGGGUCCAAACUGUCCCGUACAGCGAGGCAUCGACCCCGCCACCCGGCAGGACCCCUCAAUGAUGGCCCUGCUGCUGGAGAUGGGCUUCAGAGACCAGCGGCUCAACGAGAAGCUGCUGAGGAAGCACAGCUACAGCCUUCAGCACGCUGUCCACGACCUGGUACAGAUGUCUGAGGAGAGCCAGAACCAAGCUGUGGACGCCCUGCGCUGACGGCGUCAGAGGAAAUCCACUGCACCUCUCAAAGCUUGUUGUAUAUUCUACUCUGUAAAGCUUAAACCUUUUUUGUGUUCCGUUUAAUUUUUUUAUGACAUAAUGGGAUCAACACUACAACUAUAUUACCAAAAUAUUGAAGAGAUGAAAUCAGAGCAUUUAUUUCUUGAUUAGCAUUUAUUAGAGCUUUUUUAGUUAAGCUUCAAUGAAAGUAUACAGAAUAAAAACACUUAAAUAAGUAGUGGGUAAGCUCUGCUUGGCUGCCUUUCCUUCGGUGUUGGUCUGACUUUACAGGGGCUGCAGUGUAGUGAGAAACGUUCAGCGUUUCAGCUCUUCAUUUCUUUCUCUAUGGCUGCUGCUGCUGCUGCCGCCGCCUCCUCAACUCUGGAAACCAGGGCUGAACAUGGGAGGGGUUGAAUGUUUGAAAGGGAAGUGGCUGGGAAAAAAAACCGCUCUGCUGUACAGUUAUGCUUGUGAAGUGAAAUCAGUAACGGGAAGAAUGGAUAUUUAAAAACUUUUCUUUGUUGUGAAAUUUGCCUAACAAUGCAAUCUAUUAUCUGUAUCAAAGUACUGUUUCUUUUCUUUUAGACAUGUGGAAUGUAUAACAAACUGUCAGAGGGGAUUGCUGUCCAAACUGUUUUUGUUUUUACACCUUUUUAAAGAGACGCCUGCAUGAAGGAUAGAGGCUUUAGAGAUGAGGAAUGUCCUCGUGGUCUUUGCACAGUCACAGUGGGAAAAAAAACGUCUUCUCAUUGUCUUUCCUCUCCUCUACCCUGCUGCGUUUUAGCCUCUCCUCCAGCAGAGCUGGAUCUCACAGCACAUUCCUCACCCUGGAACCAACUUUAUUUUACUUAGUUUUAUUUAAAGCAGACGAUCAUUUGUUGAUUCAAUCCACACUGUUGUGUGCCUGGAUUUAUGUGUGAGGGUUUUGGGGACUUUGACUGUAUCUAAUGCUUGUCAGUUUACCAUUCUGCAGUAAAACUACAUAUCCCUUCUCAAUUUGCCAAUAAACAUUUUCUCAUGCUCCUGGUAA